AGUUGGUUUGUUUAUUUCUCUCAUCGCGGUUGCACCCGAUAAUGCAAUCGCAAAGUUCGUAGACCCCCAGCAGCAGUUUCACGGGUUGCAGAGGUUGAGGAAAAUCUGUGCAAGCAGUCACAUAAUUGUAAUAUACGAUAUAUUCUACACGCAACCAGGUGGCAACUGUCAACUCUCAAGUUACUCCUCUAUCAACCGCAAGCAACGUUUUCAUUACAUCUCCCAAGCCAUUACUCUUUGGUAAGAGAAAAAAAGCCGCUGGCAUAGGAGCACAUUUUCGGCACAAAUUAUGUCGCAUGUAGUGAUUGGUGGAGGCACCGGCUUCAUCGGACGAAGGCUGGCGAAAACGCUCCUCGCCGAUGGGUACGAGGUAACGACGAUCUCACGCAUGCCCGGCGUCAAGCGCAUCAGCUGGCAUGAACUGGAGAAGGAGGGCCUUCCGAGCGGGACGACCGCCGUGGUCAAUCUGGCCGGACAGAAUGUGCUGGAUCCGACACGCCGCUGGACGCCCGGCUUCAAGCAGAACGUUUGGAACUCACGCAUCAACACGACGGCAGCCUGCGCCCGGGCAAUCGAGCGUGCGACGGUCAAGCCGAGCGUGUUCGUCAACAUCUCCGGCGUCAGCCACUACCUACCUGGCAAGGAAAAGCACACGGAAGAGUCGAAGGUUAGCGACUAUGACUUUAUGUCCCGCCUUUGCAUCGAGUGGGAACGGGCGGCGAACCUUUCGGACAACUCCAUCUGCCGGUCCGUUCGCAUCCGGAGCGGGGUCGUCCUAGGCCGGGACGGUGGUAUGAUACAGUCGCUGAUACUGCCCUUCUGGUUUGGGUUCGGUGGACCGGUCGGUGACGGGCGGCACGAUCUGCCCUGGAUCCACCAGCAGGACCUGUGCAGCUUGAUCAAGUUCGCGAUCGAAAAGCCGGAAGUGAGUGGGGUGCUGAACGGGGUGGCCCCGGAACUUGCGACAAACGCCGACUUUACCAAAGCGUUCGCCUCCGCCCUCGUCCGACCGGCCCUUUUGCCGAUGCCCAUCUUUGCGCUCAAUCUCAUCUUCGCGGAAGAGCGAGCGGUGUUGCUGACCAAUGGCGCAAAGGUCGUUCCGCAGCGGGUGCUCGAUUAUGGCUUCCGCUACCAGUAUCCGGAUCUGAAGACCGCCUGCAAGGAGGUGGCCCAUUUGUUUUAGUCAUCUGCAUCUGGCCGCUAUGUUUGCAUUCACACCUACGCCCGAAAGUGAUUCGUAUGUAAGCUCAUUCGUUCGUGUACGAUUAUGAACACCUAAACUAAGAGUAGUAGAAAAAACGACAUUUAAUAGGAGGAACAAAUACCCAUCUUGUGACAUAUUUGUACAACUCGUACGAGUUUGUUAAUGUCCUUCCACCGUGGUCAAUAUUGUAACCCUUUAGAGGCACAAUGUGGUAUUAGCAAGAACAUAAUUAAACAUUCAAUUUCCUGACAAAGAAGGAAGGAUUCAUAAAAAAACCGUCUCGUUCUCCUUUAUCUCCAAACUAUCAAAUACAACUUACGAUUUCGCAUAAUCGUUGCGAAUAAAUUUUAUUUUAAAUAUUUAUUUCAGUCAAAAGUCACUAGCAAAUUUAUAUAGUAAAAAUAAAAAUAAAACAUUAAGAAAAGUUUGU